UUCUUUGGUUUGAGGGAGCACAAACGGCGGCACCUCCCACCCCGCUCCCUCUCCGCCACUCCCCAGUCAUUCUGCACACAGAGGCGGGCUGACAGCGGCGGCACACAACGUUACGGGGGGCUGCAACAGAAACACCGUCGCAUUGGAAUUAGCUGCUACGGAAUCCCUUCCGAGCCCUCUUAUUCAGGCGCAGGACGCUGAAAACGUGACAAGAAGAAGAAAGAGAAGGUGGCGGCAUCACCGUGACAUAAGCUCAGUGGACAUCUGACAACAUUAACAAACAGAGGAUCGUCUCCUGCAUAGUCCUGGGCAAUCCGUCCAUCACAUAGAGCACCUAUCAGUCCACUACUGGGUUGCCAGGGGCGUAAAACACCACAGGGGCGAACGGCAGCAGGGAGGCAGCUGUAAGGGAUAAACAGGGGUAGGGAGGAGAGGAUGGAGGCCCUGCUUCCUGUGCUGAAGAGCCACCCGGGCCCCACGGUGCUGGUGUUCUCCCUGCUCUUCAGGGGGGUCCACCGACUGCUGCAGAGGCUGCCGGUGCCCAAGAUGGUGAGGCAGGAUGAGUUUCGCACCUAUAGGUGGAAUAACCUCUCCGUCUCCAUGGUGCACUCGCUGCUGACUGGGACCUGGGCCCUGACCUGUGCAGUGGUUUGUCCAGAGAUGUUGAGCAACCUCCACUCGCACCACACCCCUCUGGCCUACCUGCUGGUGUGUGUCUCCACAGGCUACUUUGUACAAGAUGCAGGUGAUAUUAUCCUGACAGGACACGCAAGAGGAUCGUGGGAAUUCUUGCUCCAUCAUGCGAUGGUGAUCCCGUGUUUCCUGUACACCCUCUACACUCAGCUGUAUGUGGCCGGCGCUAUAGUCGCUCUCUUUGUGGAGGUCAACAGUAUCACGCUGCACAUGAGGCUGAUGCUGAAGCUGGCAGGCGCUCAGGCCUCCUCCAUAUACUACAUCAACAAGUUUGUCAACCUCUUCACCUUCAUCAUAUUUCGCCUCAGCCCCCAGUUCUACCUCACCUGGUACAUCAUUCACAACUACUCCUGGCUGGACCACGGUGGAUUCUUACUCACUUGCAUGAUGGUGAUGAAUGUUAUGAUCCUGAUUUAUUUCUACCGCUUGCUCCGCACAGACUUCUUCUCCCAGAGAAAAAGCUACGUAGGACAGAACGGGACGCAUAACAACUCCAAAAAGUUUCUGACUGAUUGACUGCUUCAUGGGACUACAUUGUUUUUUAUUCAGGGUGUGAGUUUACACAUUUUGUCUUUUUCAGAUGGUAACUGAUACCAUUCCUCAUGAAGAUAGCUUCUCUUUUUGUGUCUAACUGCCAAAGAACAUAUUCCCAAAAAAAUAAUGUUAUUAUUCUGUUUACAUUCAUAGAGCAGUAAUGACAUAUAAUAGAAGCUGAACUGAAUGUUUUUUUUGUUUAAAAUUGAUUGAUAGAUUGUCAAAACAGUUGUCGUUUUGCAUAACAGUUGACAACUAAUUAUUGCAGGUCUAGCUUUUACUGGGAAAAACACAAUCAAACACCACUCUUUGAAGCCAAAAUUUUGGGAUGUUACCACUUGUAGCCUGUUUAAAAUAGAUUUUUAGUGUCAAAAGAAAUGUCCGUAAAUAGCUAUUGUUAGCAGCCAGUUACAGCCUAGCGUAGACCACAACAGCAAGUCUUUUUUUUUUUUUACAGAUUAAACAAACACAAUGCGUUAGUGUUUCCUUGAGGUUUAAAUUUUUAUGCUAGCUUGCCAGUACUGGCUACCCUUAUAUUUAGCAUACCGACAUUAGCAACAUCACGGCCCUUUUGUUCAGUUCUUCAAAAUUGUAUUACAGCCUUAAGGUCCUUACACACCGGGUGCGUUUUUUACGUGCGUUUUUUUCGGACGUCAAUAUUUUUUUUCGAACCUGUAUCCUGUCAAUACACGCGUUCACAUCGGCAACGUUUUUUUACCUUACGUUUAUGGAUUAUAGUUUAAUGUUGUGCUUACCCGGUACUGGCCCCGACUCACAUUACAGUACAUGAUAUCAAGACAGAAAGACAUCGCAACGCAUCUAAUCAGAACUGAAAAUAAUCCGUCCGGUGUUGUGUUUUCUGCUUUUAGUAUCUGUGGCAUAUGGUAGAUAUUAUUAUUAUUCAUACUUUAUAGUUGAAGAAGUGAAGAAGAUGUGGAGGAAUCUGAGGGACACGUAUGUGAGAAAGAAGAGAGAGGAGGGAGAAAUGACGAGGAGUGGCCAGGCAGGUGGAAAACAGAAGAGGUGGAAAUACAUUACGGCAACGUCUUCCUCCCCUUCGGAAAGUCGCAAAAACCAUCGUUUAUUCGCAUCGCUCCCGGUGUGUAUGGACCUUAAAUAUUAAAGUUUGGCAUCACAUUAGCAAUAGUUUGACACUUGGUUAAAUACAAUUAAGUCAUUUCUUGCAGUUAAAUAGGUGAAAAAUGAGAACGCUCUUUCAUCUGUAAACUAAAUAUAAGGCUACAGCCAGCAGCAGUAGCUAGCUUAGCUUAGCAUAAAGACUGGAAAAAGGAGGAAACACCUAGUCUGACUCUGUCAAGAAGGGAACAAAAUCCUCAAACAAAAGCACAACUUAGUUUGUACACUUCAGUUUUUGUAUACGUAGAUGAAACAAACUACAUUUGAUAUAUUAAUGAGUUUUAGAGAAGUUGGUAGAUGACCAAUAUAGCCAGUAGCUAUAGCCAAUAUUGACGAGCCUUACACUGAGCUUACAAAUGUGAGAACUGGUAAACUAUGACAUAAUGCUGGGUAGGAAAAUUUUGCAUUUUAGGAAACACAGAUUUUGGGAAAUAUAUUUGUUGCCUUGCUGGGAUUUAAACAAAAAGGGCAGCGGUGGUUAGCUAAGUUUAGCUUGCUGCCAAGGAAACAGUUGGACAGAGCUAGUUAGCUUUGGCCAAAAGUGAGAAACAUGACUUUUGAUUUUUAUAUCGUGUGAUAAUGAGUAAGCUUCAUAAGCACUGGUAGGUGGAUUUGUUGUUGUUUAACAGAGCCAGGGGGGUAUUCCACGAAGCUGGCUUAGGUCUAAGCCUGGCUUAUUUCGGUCAGCUUCACUAACUUUAUUGAGAGUUUUGUUCCACCAACAAGGCUUAGGGCUAGCCUGGCUUGUUAACCAUGGUAACUCAGCCAGAGCGACAAGCCGGGUCCGGGGCAGGCUAACAGUCAAGCUUACUUUAGCCCCAUGUCAGAGAAGGUUCUGACGAGCUUCAGAAAGACGCCUGUGAACCGCAUGUAACACAUUAAAAUCAUCUUGAUCUGUAAUCAAUGAUGUUCUUGUUCGGUGACAUACAUUGAGACCUUUUUUAAAUAAUGCCGGAAUAACCGUGAAUCAAACUAUAUCAUAUUACACUACACAUUUUGUCAUAGUGCGCAACUGUGGAUCAGUGGUUAGAGCGUAGUUAAGUAGAUUAAAUGUGGUUUUACUUUUCAUUGCGCCGUGGGUUCGAAUCCACCAGCGGUAAAUACUUGAAAAUAUCUGAUUUUCUUUAUUCUUUCACCCUCAAAGUGCAGUCAACACGUAACAGGAAUAGGCAUAGAUUGUCUUAAAAUAAGCAGGACACAACAGCCACAGUUUUCCAUAAAGAAUACCUUCCUUUUACCAGCGGUCCAAUCUGAUCAUGAUGAUAAUCCAAAGGUGAUGCCAAAUGAUGAGAUAACUAUUUUGUGUACAAGCUCAUUUGUGUCUUCUCCCUUAUUUAAAUGUAGGGCACAGUAGCACUAUCAUCUCUAAUAAAAAUGACAUCUCCUCUA